UAGCCGACACGCGACGCGGCAAAACAAACCGGGUCGAUAGAUUUCCGUCGCGAAACCGUUGCUAAAGAAACUAUGUGAUUGUGCCACCUAUAUCGUGUAAACACCCAAAAACGCGAUUCGUUGAUCCUACAAUCAUGUCCGGUGGAAAAAGGAAUUCGUCUGGAUCGUCUCCCUGGAGACACAAAUCCUACGAACGACAUCGUUUGAAAGACCAUACCAGAGCUUUGACACAAUCAGAGGCUGGCGACUGUCUCCAUACGUUAGGAAAAUGCGAUUCUGGUCUGGGUUAUGCUUAUUUAGGUCUGAACGCCUCUAAUAAGAAUUUGACUGACAUACGAAUCAUACCGAUGUUCAAGUAUGUCCUGUACGUGGAUGUUUCUGGAAACAGAUUGACCACCGAGGCUCUAUGUGUCCUUUCAAAGAUGACGUAUCUUCUAAUGCUCAGAGCUGAUAGAAAUCGUGUGUCUUCUGCAGAAAUGAAAUCAAUGGCUUACCUUCAGGUUUUCGCUUUAAACAAAAACAAAUUGACAAGCACGUCGGGUAUUUCCCAUCAGCUUCUAGAAUGUCUGGAAUUGAGCCACAAUAAUAUCGAGGAAGUGACAUUGAAUCCAUACGACUUGGAGAACCUCAAAACCCUUGAACUUCGCGGUAACAUGCUCGUUACUACCAACGGAAUAUUCUUUCCGGGACUGAUUCGUCUGUAUUUAGCGGAGAAUCAGAUCGAGAAGUUGGAAGGUCUGGAAAUUUUGGUGAAUUUAAAGAUUUUUCAUCUGCGAAGCAACAAACUAUCGAAUCUGAGCGGAUUCGACUCGCGCUGUGCCAAGCUCGAGUACUUGAACCUCCGAAACAACGAGAUCGCGAAAAUCUCAGAACUAGAGAAACUGAACUGUUUGCCGUCGCUCGAGACCCUGAUUGUCUUGGAAAAUUCUGCUACAGGUGACACAGAAUCAGACGAAGAGAGCGCGUACAGACACAUCGUUUUGGCUAUGUUACCUAAUCUGACGCGACUCGACAAGGACCCAGUGCUUCGUCAUGAAAAGAAAGAGGCUAAGGAAUUUCGUAAACAAAUGAUUCUCGACGGGACCAGAUUCGUCGAUUUCGAUUCCAAUCUACCCAAUCAAUGA